AUACACUUCUAAGUUUUGUCAGUCUACCAUGCAAAACUCUUGUAGAUUUUUCGUUUACCUAUUCUCAGUGUCCUUCUUCUUCAAUUACCUAACAAUUACUGUCACUGCUAAGCCCUCCUCCAUCAAUGAUAUCAUGCUUAACUGUGGCUCCUCCGGCAUCUCAACUGACCCAGAUGGCCGAGAGUGGGCUGGAGAUGUAGGUAUUCACUCAAAAUUUGUUUCCUUAGAACAAUCUAAUAACACCUUUAUACUCUCCAAUCCCCAUGGCUCAUCCAUUGACCAUGACCCUUACAAAACCGCUCGAAUCUUUCAUUCUCAAUUCACCUACACAUUUCGUGUUAGUCCUGGCCAAAAAUUCAUAAGAUUAUACUUUAACCCUUCUACAUACCAUGAUAAUUUCGAUAUGUCUAAGGCCUUUUUCACUGUUACUACUGGUCCCUUCACUCUACUUAGCAACUUCAGUAUAAGAUCAAAAUCCCUUGUCAAAGAAUUUUGCGUGAAUGUGCUGCAGAAUCAGACACUGAACAUAACCUUCACUCCAUCUACAAAUACUUCAUAUGCAUUUAUAAAUGGGAUUGAAAUUGUCUCGAUGCCCACCAGCCUUUACUACGGUCAAUUUGGGGAUAAAGGUGCACGCCUUGUCGGCCAUAACUCUCAGUUCCAUAUCCAAAACAACAGUGCUCUUGAGAUGAUUUACCGACUAAACGUAGGUGGGCACUCCAUUUCACCAAUAAAUGACUCCGGUAAGCUUUUUCGGAAAUGGCUUAAUGACACCGACUUCUUUCUUGCUUCAAAUGUAAACUCUAUUAGUAAUGGGGCAAUUCAGAUCAACUACACAAGCAUACCUCCUUACACAGCACCAAAGGAAGUCUAUCAGACCGCCCGAACUACAAGAACAUCCGAAGACAACAAACGGCACAAUCUUACUUGGAGAUUGCCAGUGGACUCGGGGUUCAAAUACCUCGUGAGACUCCACUUUUGCAAAAUCCAACCGGAGGUAAAGCAGAGUAGUAACAAUGGGUUCCGAAUUUCCAUAAGAAAUAAGACAGUGGAGAUUUCUGCUGAUGUUAUCACUUGGAGCGGUGGGCAAGGCAUUCCGGUAUAUAGGGACUAUGUUGUGAUGAUACCAAAUAAAACGAGUAAUGGUAAGAGCCCUCUCUUUAUAGAGCUUCGUCCUAAUGCUAAUUCAAGCUCUGGUUAUUCUGAUGCUAUCCUCAAUGGUCUCGAGUUGUUCAAAUUGAAUAACUCUGAUGCCAAUCUCGCGGCUCCCAAUCCUGAAGUUCCACACCCUCCUUCCCCUUUCCCAUCUCCGCUCAAAUCACGUGCCCCACAACCACUACCUUACAAGAAUUCCAAGAGCGGCACAAAAUCAGUAUUCUUCAUUGAAGCCACUGUAGGUGUUAUAUCUGUCAUAUUUCUCUUGGGCUUAACAAUUAUCUGGCGAAGGGUGAGAACAAAGUCCAUCAAAAGUGAAACACCGCCAAUUCUACAAGCUGUCGGCCGUCGGUUCACUCUCCAAGAAAUCAAGACUGCCACAAACAACUUUGACCGGGACCUUAUCAUUGGAAAAGGCGGCUGUGGUUAUGUAUUGAGAGGUUACAUCGGUCAUGAACACACCCCAGUUGCGAUCAAGGUUUUCGGGCCAACUUCAAGUCAAGGGUUUCGCGAAUUUCAGACAGAGGUCGAAAUGCUUUCAAGGCUUCGCCACCCCCACCUGGUCUCGUUGAUCGGUUACUGCAACGAUGAACGAGUCAAAAUUAUUGUAUAUGAGUUAAUGGUUCACGGAGCACUUCAUGAUCAUCUUCACAACACAGAUAAUCCUCCAUUGUCAUGGAAGCAGAGGUUAGAGAUUUGCAUUGGUGCUGCUCGGGGAAUAUUGUACCUUCAUGAAGGUGAGGAGCACGCAAUCAUACACCGCGAUGUCAAGACUAGCAACAUUCUUUUGGACCAAAAUUGGGUACCCAAAGUUUCGGACUUUGGGAUUUCAAGAUUGGGCCCUACAAGACUGUCAAUGAGCCACGUCACUACUGAUGUGAAGGGAACGUUUGGGUAUAUGGACCCCGAGUAUUUUUGGACCAGCCAUUUAACUGUAAAGUCUGAUGUUUAUGGAUUUGGGGUGGUGUUGUUUGAGGUGUUGUGUGCUAGACCAGCAGUGGAUAUGGGCUUAGAUUAUGAGCAACAAGGUUUGGCCUAUUGGGCCAGUUUGUGUUUUGAAGAAGGUAAACUUGAUCAGAUCAUUGAUCCUCAUCUGAUUGAUCAAAUGUCACCAGAGUCUUUGAAGAUGUAUGCAAAUAUCGCAUAUAAAUGUGUGUGUGAAGAUAGAGAUCAAAGACCCAAAAUGGUUGAAGUGUUGAGGGCUCUUGAGUUUGCAAAGGAGUUGCAAGAAAUUGCUGAUGAUGGAGGCCACCGGGUCAUGAUUAAUGAGGAAGUUCCACUAUGUGUGGGAGAAAAUCAGGUGGUGUCAAGACCAAGGAAGAAAGGUGAGAUGGGGCAAUCGUGUCCAACAUUUUGGAACAGAAGUACAUCACAUAAAGAGCUUCUUAGAUUUUUAAGUGAGAAGGUGGGGCUGAAGUGGGUCAAAUCACCAAAGCUAGGUUGUUUUUUUGCAGCCUCUGAGUACAAUGCCUUGCCACGUAUUGAAGUGCAAUUGCCGGAUCUAAGUAGGUGCGGACCAUAUUCCACACCGGAGAAAUUUGUAAUUGAAAUCUCUAAAGUUGAAGAACUAUAAUGCUACAACUGCUUUCACUUUCA